AUGAUACUUUGCCACGUUUCCAAUAUUGUUUUCAUACCAAUAAUAUUUAAUAUUAGACCAAACCUCAAUAAUUACAAUAUCGAUAGAUCAUAUUCAAGCUCUUCUUCUUCAAAGCGAUGGCUUGCAAGAAGAGAUCGCGACAAAUUUAUAAAAAAAGCAUUAUCAGAAAAUUACAGAGCUCGUAGUGUAUUUAAAUUGAUAGAUAUGGAUAAAAAAUACAAAUUAGUUAAACCUAAUUCUGUAAUAAUUGAUUGUGGCGCAUCUCCUGGAGAUUUUACAACAUUUGAAACACAAAAUAAAAUUAUAAAAAUGUUGGGUGAUAGAAAAGUUGAUGUUGUUUUGAGUGAUAUGUCGCCUAACUCUUCUGGUCAACAUUUUAUAGAUCAUGUUAGAUCAAUGGAAUUAUGCGAGUCCACUUUAAUUUUUGCUGAGCAAGUAUUGAAAUCUGAUGGAACUUUGCUUUGUAAGUUCUUGAUGGGAGGCGACGAGAAAGAAUUUAGAGAGAAAUUGAAAAGUAAAUUCAAAAAAGUUAUUCAUGAAAGACCAUUGGCUUCGCGUAAAGAAUCAACGGAAUUAUAUUACGUGUGUCUAAAGUACAUUCAUUAA